GCUUUCUUCAUCCUGUGCGAUACUCAUAUGUGGUAUUUUGAACUGACUUUUUUCCUUCAGAUGAUUCCCCUAGGAUCAGGAAUGGUCGUGGCAAGACUAGAGGGAAAGGUCUUGAAAGGAUGAGGAAGACUAUGGGAAGCAAGAUGAAAAUUGAGAUCCCGAUUGGUAAAGGGAGGCCAACUAAGCCAACUCAAUCGGCAAAAUUAUCCAAUGAACUAGGGAUAAUUGCCGUAAAUUUUCUUUCGCUUCCAAACAAGUGGAAGGAACUCACAAGAGAGGACAAAGAUGCAGCACUAAUUAGAUGCCACGAGAAGUUUGAAAUUGAUUUGGACGAGCAUUACGUGAAAGAUAGUUGUGAGGAUAUUUUGAAAAAUAGAAGCCGACAAUGGCGGUACAAGUUAAAACAGCUAUUUGAAAGUGCACGUUCGGAGGAAGAAGCUCGUAAAAUUGAAGUGCCAGAGUUGACCCGAGAAAAUUGGAAUAAGCUUUGUGAUAUGUGGGUGAUCCGAGCAUAA